GCCCGCCCGCCAGGCUGCAGCUCCCGGCGUGCCCUGCACUCUCUGCUGCCCGCCGCCGACCCCUCCUUCUUCUCGUCCCAGUGCCACCGAGCCGGAGCCCGAGCCACCGCCACCGCCGCCGCAGCAGCCACCUCAGCCGCGGGCACUAUGGCAUCUGGAGUUACAGUGAAUGAUGAAGUCAUCAAAGUUUUUAAUGAUAUGAAAGUAAGAAAAUCUUCUACACAGGAGGAGAUCAAAAAAAGAAAGAAAGCAGUUCUCUUCUGUUUAAGCGAUGACAAAAGACAAAUAAUUGUAGAGGAAGCCAAGCAGAUCUUGGUGGGUGACAUUGGUGACACUGUAGAGGACCCCUACACAUCUUUUGUGAAGUUGCUACCUCUGAAUGAUUGCCGAUAUGCUUUGUACGAUGCUACAUACGAAACAAAAGAGUCUAAGAAAGAAGACCUAGUAUUUAUAUUCUGGGCUCCUGAAAGUGCACCGUUAAAAAGCAAGAUGAUUUAUGCUAGCUCUAAAGAUGCCAUUAAAAAGAAAUUUACAGGUAUUAAACAUGAGUGGCAAGUAAAUGGCUUGGACGAUAUUAAGGACCGCUCGACACUGGGAGAGAAACUGGGAGGCAGUGUUGUAGUUUCCCUUGAAGGAAAGCCACUAUAAAAUAAUAGCCAAGUGCCAUUUGAUCUUAAGGGGCUUACAUUUAUCUCUC